AUGAUGGAACAUUCAAAACCUAUUGAAAUUGUGUUAGAAGAAGGUCAGAAGUUUCGUGCUGAAGAUAGACUGAAAGAAAAUGACCACAAGGCUUUAGAAGUUAGCUUUAAUAAAGCUCAAGUUAAUUCUCCAAAGAAGAAGAUCAACUUCAAUUUAGACAUUUAUAAGUUUGAGGCAAAACCAGAGCCAAAUAUAUCAGUAGUGAAGGGAAAUGGUGUCAAUCAAAGUUACUCGAUGGUGUCAAGAGAAAGAGAUCGAUAUGGUAAUAGAGCUUUUGUUAGGUUUAAUUUUCUCAAAGAAGGAGGUAUUAAAGUUGUGAAUCAUGGUGAAAUUAAUGUCAGAGCCCAUAUUAAUGAUGAUGAGGUUGAGUCAGUUGAUAGCUCUCCCACAACUCCAGGAACUAAUCUGACAAGAGAGUCAACUAUUGAUGUUGAAGAGAUUGCUACACCAUCAGAAGGAUAUAGAGAAACAGAUGAGCAAGCUGCUGUUCAUGAUGAAGUACUAAAUGACUACGAAAUAAGACCUCUGGCAAUUUAUUACACAAAGUAUACAACUGUCAAUAAGGGAGACACUGAACCUUCAAGUAAAAAGAUAAGCCUUUGCGAUUUUGUUGAGGGAAGUGAAUGUCAUAUUGAUCUUAAGUUUUCAGAAAAUAUUAUUUCGUUUUGGAUAAUACCAAUUUUUUUUGUGGUUUGUUGUUCGUUAAUGAUUUUCAUUAACCUUGUUCUUGAAGAUAAUGACAGAUGUCGUCAACACGUCAGGCUUCAUUGUCGAACCCAAAAUCGUGGAUCUUUUUAG